AUCACUUCACCUUUGAUGGAGCGAGAACGUUUUUACCCCCAUCAGGAGCAUCUAGAGGAUGGACCAAUCGGCUUCCAUCUGUUCCACGGCUAUAUAAAGUCUCGCAUAAACACAUCAACUAAACACAGGGGUCUGAUUCUCAAACAUCUCAACCACUUGUGGCCCAAAGAAAGAGACCUGACCUGGAAGCUCAAAGGAGCUCAAACUACUGUAGCCUGCCUUCUGAUGGAGAAUACCGGGUUCGAGAGAUCUAAAGACGACCCUCCACAGUACGAGGAGACGUCUUUUUGUGGCAAUGGGUUCAAUAACGGAGAGCGGCAGGCCGUGCGGGCAUCUGUGGUCAGCGCUUUCGGCCACAACACCCUGGACCGGGUGCCAAACGUUGACUUUUAUCGUAACGCGGCGAGCAUCAGCGGACAGAGAGCCGUCAGACCUUCUCUACAGGAGCUGCACGAUGUCUUCCAGAAGAACGGAGGCCUUGAUAUUCCCAGUCCGGUGGAGGACAGAGAGGGAGCAGACACCUCGACGCUGGGCGAUGUGGAGUCCAUCAUCCCGCUGGACGAGAAGGACACGGGAGGAGUGGUGAAAUUUGGAUGGAUCAAAGGAGUUCUGGUGAGAUGCAUGCUGAAUAUCUGGGGUGUCAUGCUGUUCAUACGGCUGUCAUGGGUGUUCGGACAAGCCGGAAUAGGUUUGGGGAUCGUGGUCGUGUUGUUGAGCAUCGUGGUGACCAGCGUGACCUGUCUGUCCAUGUCAGCUAUAUGCACCAACGGCGUGGUACGAGGAGGUGGAGCGUAUUAUCUGAUUUCCCGCAGUCUGGGGCCUGAAUUCGGCGGCUCCAUCGGUCUGAUCUUCGCGUUCGCCAACGCUGUGGCCGUGGCCAUGUAUGUCGUGGGGUUUGCUGAAACCGUGGUGGAGCUUCUCAAGGAAAGCAACGCUCUGAUAGUGGAUCCGGUGAAUGACAUCCGGAUCAUCGGCUGUAUAACGGUGGUUCUGCUGAUGGGCAUCACUGUGGCGGGAAUGGAGUGGGAGGCCAAGGCUCAGGUCGCUCUGCUGGUGAUCCUGCUGAUAGCCAUCGCCAACGUCUUCGUGGGAACAGUGAUUCCCUCCACACAAGACAAGCGCUCCAAAGGCUUCUUUAACUAUCGAGAAUCCAUCGCGAAGGAAAACUUUCUACCGGACUUCCGAGAUGGAGAAACGUUCUUCUCAGUUUUUGCCAUCUUCUUCCCGGCGGCCACCGGGAUUCUGGCCGGAGCCAAUAUCUCUGGAGAUCUGAAGGACCCUCAGGCAGCUCUUCCCAAAGGAACGCUGCUGGCCAUCUUCAUCACGGGGAUGACGUACCUGGGCAUCGCUCUGGUUGUCUCUGUGACGGUGGUUCGAGACGCGACGGGGAACCGCAACGACACCAUCAAACUGGGCUCCAGCUGUAACUUCUCCUCGGCCUGUGAGAUGGGCUACGACUUCUCCAUCUGCCAAACCACCAAAUGCAACUACGGCCUCAUGAACAACUUCCAGGUGAUGACCCUGGUGUCGGGGUUCGGACCUCUCAUCACAGCGGGGACGUUCUCAGCCACGCUUUCUUCAGCUCUCGCGUCUCUAGUGAGCGCGCCCAAAGUCUUCCAGGCUCUAUGCAAGGACAACAUCUACAAAGCCCUCAAGUUCUUCGCCAAAGGUCACGGGAAGAACAACGAGCCAAUCAGAGGAUACGUCCUGACCUUCUUCAUCGCUGUAGCAUUCAUCCUCAUCGCUGAGCUCAACACCAUCGCUCCCAUCAUCUCCAACUUCUUCCUGGCUUCAUACGCCCUCAUCAACUUUUCCUGCUUCCAUGCUUCAUACGCCAAAUCCCCAGGCUGGAGGCCGGCGUAUAAGUACUAUAACAUGUGGCUGUCUCUGUUCGGAGCCGUUCUCUGCUGUGCCGUGAUGUUCGUGAUUAACUGGUGGGCGGCGCUGCUCACCUACGGCAUCGAGCUCUUCCUCUAUAUUUACGUUACAGUGAAAAAGCCAGAUGUGAACUGGGGUUCGUCCACUCAAGCCGUGACGUUCAUAAAUGCUGUGAACAACGCUCUGACUUUAUCUUUGGUGGAUGAACACAUCAAGAACUUCAGGCCCAAGUGUCUGGUGAUGACGGGAUCUCCCAGAAGCAGACCGGCGCUGCUAGACUUGGCACAUUCGUUCACGAAGAAUUACGGGCUGUGUCUGACUUGUGAGGUGUUUUUGAGUUCCCGGCGGCCCAACUUCAAAGAGCUGAACAGUGAUAUGUUACGCUACCAAAGGUGGCUCCUUAACAAGAACUCCAAGGCGUUUUACACUCCUGUGGUGGCAGAAGACCUUCGCCAAGGAACCCAGUACCUGCUGCAGGCCGCUGGUUUGGGCAGACUGAGACCCAACACACUGGUGCUCGGCUUCAAAAACGACUGGCGCAUCGGAGACAUAAAGGAAGUCGAGACUUACAUCAACCUGAUCCACGAUGCGUUUGACUUCCAGUACGGCGUGGUCAUUCUCAGACUGCGGGAGGGACUGGAUAUCUCUCACAUUCAAGGCCAAGAUGACUCUUCGGCGAUGAAGGACGUGGUGGUUUCAGUGGACAUGAGCAAAGACUCGGAUGGAGACUCGUCCAAACCCUCCUCCAAGGCCACCAGUGUCCAGAACAGCCCGGCCGUCCAGAAAGAUGAGGAUGAGGAUGGCAGAGCCUACACUCGGCCGCUGCUGAAGAAAGAGAAGAGGAGUCCGACGGUUCCUCUGAAUAUGGCCGAGCAGCGGCUGUUGGACGCCAGUCAGCAGUUCCAGCAGAAGCAGGGGAAGGGCACCAUCGACGUCUGGUGGCUCUUUGAUGAUGGAGGCCUGACUCUGCUGAUACCCUAUCUGAUCGCCAACAAGAAGAAAUGGAAGGACUGUAAGAUUCGAGUCUUCAUUGGAGGCAAGAUCAACCGAAUCGACCACGACCGCAGAGCCAUGGCCACAUUGCUCAGCAAGUUCAGGAUCGAUUUCUCUGACAUCACGGUCCUGGGUGAUAUCAACACAAAGCCCAAGUCAGAGGGUUUGACAGAGUUCGCUCAGAUGAUCGAGCCAUAUAAGCUGAGAGAAGAUGAUAUGGAGCAGGAAGCUGCUGAGAAGCUGAAGAGCGAGGAGCCCUGGAGAAUCACAGACAAUGAGCUGGAGCUCUACAAAGCCAAGAGUAACCGUCAGGUCCGACUGAACGAGCUGUUGAAGGAGCACUCGAGCACAGCCAACCUCAUCGUCAUGAGCAUGCCGCUGGCCAGGAAAGGGGCCGUCUCCAGCGCUCUGUACAUGGCCUGGCUGGAAACACUAUCCAAAGACCUGCCGCCCAUCCUCUUGGUGCGCGGGAACCAUCAGAGCGUCCUCACCUUCUACUCGUAGAGCACUCUCAGACGAGCACAGCACCUCAGACUGAUGAUGAUGAUGAUGAUGAUGAUGAUGAUGAUGAUGAUGAUGAUGAUAGACGUUUCUGGACAGAGCUGACCGGAGCGGACUCCUUCCACGCUGCCGCGGCGCUCCGCAGGAGAGAUUGGCGGUGUAUGUUGUCCUCAGCUCACAGGUUUCGAGCACAUGUUGUUACACUGAUUGUUGUUAUCAUUGUUAUCAUUACUAUGACUGUCACAACUUUUUGAGUUGUGGAAUUUAAUUUUUUUUUUCCUCUUUUUAAUUUGCUCUCGAUGAAGCAAUAAUCACCUCAUUUCUUAUUUUCUCACUUUGAAGAAAACACAUGAUUCUUUGCAACACUUUUUAUAGCCUUGUGGAUGUGCCUUCCUGUGCAAUCAGAUUAAAUUCUUACACUUUUUUUCCCCUGACUGGUGAUUUAUAACGAAGUAGAUGUAGGCUGCUUGUUUCUAUUGGGUUUUAAUGUAAAUCUUCCUUGAUUUUAUCACAUUUUAGAGCGAGUGGAUUGAGGUUUCCACCGCGGCACGUUUGAAAACAAUUUUUUGCAUUUUUGUAGGCAGAUUUUUGUUUCUUCUUAAGUUUUACGUCUUCCUUUUAAGCAUUGAAUGAGUGGUGGAGUUUUAGCACAUCGUCCCUUCGUUCAAUGAUCGACCUGAACUACAGGGUGAUUACAAUCCUUCAAGUAGUCUGAUGUAAGUUUAACAGAACUAUAUUAGUUUUCCCUGGUGAAUGGGUUUGGUGUGAUGGAGAGAGGCUGAUGAGUGUCUGUCUGAAGGAGAAAGAGCGGUCAGAUCACAAUCAACCAAAUAAAUCACAGACCCUGCUACAGACCAGACCUUUGCCUUAACAGAUGAUUGUUUUACUGUCUUCAAGCCAUACUGGCUCGUGGAUUGACUGAAGCAGAAUGUGCUCCUGACCGGAAGUCCUCCCGUCUUCUGCAGUCUGGGAGAGUGAGUGUGUGUGUGUGUGUGUGUGUGUGCGCGCUCGUGUGUGUGUGUGUGCGCGCUCGUGUGUGUGUGUGUGUGCGCGCUCGUGUGUGUGUGUGUGUGCGCUCGUGUGUGUGCGCGCUCGUGUGUGUGUGUGCGUGCGCGUGCAUGUGUGUGUGUGUGUGUGCGUGCGUGUGGUUUGAAGCUGUAAGAAUGUUUUGGGAUGUGUUCCUCUAUGCAGAUGGACCGCGUGCGACUCGCUCAGAUCGUGUCUCUAAACUCAGGAUGGAGAAAGCCGAUGCGGAUUCGCUCUGUUCUGUUCCUGAAUGUCUGUCCGGUCGAGUGCUGGGGUGUUUAUCGUACGGCCCAUCAUGCCUUAGUGUAAAAGUGUUGGUCUUGGCUUUGGUUUCUGACACUAGUUUUGCUCACAGGCCGUUUGUGUACCUGAGAAAUCCUCCAUGUGACAGUUAGAAUGAAUAUAUUAUUCAUAUUUAUAGUUCUCAAUAUAAACUAGUAUUUAAAGUACUGUGUGCGCCGCAUGUUUGAUUUGAAGUGGGUGACGUUAGUGACGCUGACGGUUGGAUCGUACCUGUUCUGUGUCUGUGUGUCGUGUGGCACUCGUUCACCUGAAUCACCAACUCAACUAUCACCGGUUAUCUUCAGCGAUUAAGAUACUUGUGUAUAUUCUAGUUAGCGAUAGAGAAGGGAGAAGUCCUCUGGAAGUUUCUCAUCCUGCAGAUUGUGUUGCCAAAGUCUGUUUCACGUUUUCUCGUUAGCUUACUGCUGCGUGUCCAAACGAGUCCCACAUCCAGCUCUAGUUCACACUAUACUUCCUUACUAACUUGUAAAUAUCUUUAUCCUAACCGCAUUAAUCAAAGGAGUGGAAUAACUGCAAAUUAAUAUGGUGAGAAAUAUUUAUUUCAGGUUUUUUUCUUUCUUCUGUUACAGUAGUUUUAUGUGAAUUAUUAUUAUUAUUAUUAUUAUUAUUAUUAUUAUUAUUACUAUUAUUUUUUAGUUGUUUGGUUUUAGUCUGCAGAUUCUCAUCUUUGGUCUCAUUUUUCAGUGUUUGGUCACAUUUCUAUCUUUUAUAUGCCUUUAAAAGCUGGCAGUGGUGUUUCCCGCUGAACCGCGAGGCUGGAUCUGAUCGACUGAUUGUUCUGGAACAGUAACGUUUUGAUAUACUGUACUGUUAUUUGUCACAUGUAUGCUUUUUUCUAACAUUUUAACGGUUAAGGGUAUCAAUGCUUUGUACAUCUUUAUUGCAAUAUAUAAAAAUAAACCGAAAUGAUAAUCA